AUGGGAAACUCAAUGCACACCGAAGAAGAAAAAGCAGUUAAUCCAUACAUCUUGUUCUACCAAGAAUACCGAGAAUCGGAGGAUCCCGAUGGUCGAAGAAUCACUUCAGAAGUGGCUGCGUUCUGGAAUUCGAUGAGUGGAAACUCUCGUCAACCCUAUUUCGACAAAGCCAAACAACUUAGGGGUAAUGCCAAACAUGUUAUCACACGUAAACGGAGUUGCCGAAGAAAAGGUCUUCAAUAUAAAAAUUAUUCUUCGGAAGAUUAUUCACUCCAACAAUACACGAAGAUAUCGAAGAUAUAUUAA